UCAAACCGUCAGUCCGUGAGUUCGCCGAAUGCCUUUGAAUAGUUUUGCUAUUUGGUAAACGCUUUUGUUGCUUGGCCAUAUCUCAAUAGCUGCUCGCUUGUUGAGCGCAUUCGCCUUUGAGUAACAGCGGAGUCGAGUCGUGUUGGAGCGGUAGCAGCAGCAGCAGCAGCAGCAGGCAGUAUUGUUGUCGUCAUAGCGCUUGUUUAGCCGAGUUAGUUAUCGAGUCAAAUCGCACGGCAGUGACGUCGUGAUUGAGUUGUUUUUAUUUGUAGCGUGAAAAAAUCGUAAUAUUUAUUAUUGCUUAUUUUGUUUAUAAUCUUUACUAUUCAUAAUAUAAUACAAUACGUUUUGUGAGUUCGUGUGAGUACGUGCGCGCCUUUUUGUUAUCCCGCCGUUUCGGCUUCCUUUUUUGUUUUUUGCGUGUCGUUUUGGGAAUUUCGCAUUUUUUUUAUUCGUGAACUCACUGUACAUACUCGUACAUGUAUGUACGUAUGUAUGUGGGCAUAUGCUUGAUGUGAAUUUUGAAGAUUGUUUUUGAAAGUUUCUUUUUUUUCCGCUAUUUUCUUACACUGCGGAGCCAAUACAUACAUUGAAGACACUGUUAUAUACAAAAAAUUAAUUUUAUUAUUCAAUCAGUACUCAGUGCGGACCAAAGCAGAUGGAAUGGUGGUAGCGCGUUAAUAUUAACAGCCUGCUUGCGAAUCAGUGUUCUGCGGGCAAUAUUUUAUUCAAAGUGUUGAACUUAAUGAUUCUUAAUGAGUAUGUGGCGUGUUUAUUUAAUUUGUGAUAUUCGAAAAGAGUAGUCGUGGCUUGGUGGUUUGAAGGAAUUGAAUUGUGUUUUGUUUUUAUGUGAGCACAACAGCGCGCCGUACGUGUACGUGUGGAAUUUAAAAUAUUGCCUUAAACAUUUUAUUUGCGCGCAAGGAAUCCGGAAAAUAUUACAAAAAUGAGUUGCGCAACGGGUUCAAUGAAAUAUUUGCUGUUUUUGCUGAACUUGCUGUGGGCGAUCAUGGGCAUGCUGGUGAUACUAUUCGGAGGCCUCGGUUGGGGCGCUAUGCCACAGAGUUAUGCUAUCGGUAUCAUAGUCUUGGGUGGAGUGAUUUUAAUUAUAUCAUUCUUUGGUUGUUUUGGCACGAUGAGAGAAUCAACGCGAGUUUUGUGGACGUAUGCAAUUCUACUUAUACUGCUAAUAGCUGUAAUAGUCGUCUUCAUUUGUGUAAGCACGCGGGAUGUCUUCAAGCGUUAUGCAAUGGAAGGUGUGGAAGCGCAAUGGCGUAAAGAGGUCUUACAACCUGGCUCCAUGGACAAAGUACAGUCGGUGUAUUUCUGCUGUGGCCUCAAUUCGGCAGAGGAUUACAUACGUAUUGCACGCGCACCGCCCGCCAGUUGUUGCAAGGAAUCAAACUGUAUUAAUCCAUUGAAUCUCUAUCUGGUCGGUUGUUUGCCAAAAGUGGAGGAAGCUUUCGCCGAUGAGGCUACCACAACGUUAUACCAUGAAUAUGGGCUUCUGUUUUUUGCGUGCCUACUUUUGCUUUUGACAGUCUUGCUGGCCAUUCAUUAUCACAAUCGCAAGCGCCGUUUUAGUUAUUAAGUUCACUUAAGUCAAACGCUUUGGAAGCUUUGCAAGCAUUUUGAGUCUCAGUGUAGCAUUUAAGGUGUAGAGGUUUUAGUGGAAUAUGGCAAAGUUUAAUUAAAAAUUAUAUAUUAUAUAAAUAUUUUUUUUUUUAAUUUUUAAUUUAUUCAAAGUAAAAUUAUAAUAAAGAACAAAGUGUAGCUUUCAAAUAAUGCUUUUAGACAAAGUCACAUGUACCUCCAAGCAAAUCGAAUAAAUAAUUUUAAUAUAUUUUAAAAUAUAAUACGCAAAAUACAAAUAUACAAAUAAUUUUAUUU